AAGCUUUAGCACAGAAGUGCUAACGUUACACAGUUGCUAUAGCAACAGACAUGUACAUACUAACGUUAUGCUAACUGCGCUGGAGUUUAGCUCGCGUUAGUUAACGUUAGGCGAUUACGAGAGACUUGUGAUAAGAAAAGAAGUGUUUGAAGGUUGCAGAUGGAGCCCUCCUCACAGAGUAGAGGUGGUAGGGGACUGUGGAGCAACCCCAGAGCCACCCAGUACAGUAAGGAGACCCAGGACCUGCUGACAUUAAUGAUGCAGGAAUCAAGGCUCACCAACCUCCAGAGAAAACAGAUCAACGACUGCCUCAAGAAUGGAGCAGCUUUACCACUGACCUCUGACCCCAUAUCAUCAGCUUCCCCCCCUCAGCCUAAAACCAAUAAAUCUGUCCAGAAACGGCUGCCAAGCAAGCCUCAGAAACGCAGUGCCGAAUCUUGUCGUUCUGGGAACAGCUACGUCAGAGAAAAGUUCCAACCUGGUCCUAUAAGAGACUUAGAGAAAGAGAAGCGGAGGCUUCAGAGUAUAUUGGCAACGGGAGAAGAAGAGCCCACAGCUGCAUCUUACCAAAAUGUUCCCACAUGUCGGAACCCAGGAGCGGCGGAGGGGAGAGACCGGUAUCAGGAAGUUCUGGAUGAGAUCAAGGACAGAAGACAGUUUCUGGAAGACAUGACCUCUCUGGGCCAGGAGAAGCAGUACAUCAGCAUCAUCAACACUGAGAUAUCCCAGAGAUUACGAGAACUGGAAGAGUUGGACAAGGCCCGCAGUGCAAAGAUGGAUGCAAUGACAUCUGAGGGGAAAGGGGUCACUCCACAACAGACUACAGAAAAAAUGGACUUGAAAGAGACUCACUGCCAUUGACUUAACACUUUGACAUUAUCUGGGAAACAGCUGCAAGCAAUAUAUCUUCAAAUUCAGAUUAUGAAUGGGUCGAGUAAAGUGUGAUAUAAUAAAUGUGGUAGAGAUUACAGUUGACCGACUGCACUGUGCUUCAACCAUACAAGCAGUUCAGGUGUGUUGUUAAGCAGUGAAAGUAUUACAUUUACAAGAAACAUUAACUACUUGCAUCAACUUAUUUUAUUCCUCUGCCUUCCAGUGUCAGUAUUGUUUAAUAAUCUUGCUGCUGAACAACAUAUAGCUGACAGAAAUGUGGCACUACUGGAGCCCUUGGUGUCCCCUGGACAGGAAGACAGGCACAGAGCAGACACAUACAGGGAUUACCAUUAAAAUGGAGGACAAUCUAAAUGACAAAACAGAAUGAGUAAACACACUGACAUUUACAUUAGCUCGAACAAAUGACAGUCAACCACAUAUGCAAUUAAAUAAAUGGCACUUGUACAAACAAUAUUAACACGUUUUUUCCUAUCCACUUUUAAGGCAAAACAUGGAAGCAUACAGAAAGGCAUAGUAAAAUAUAAAUUAAUGAUUGCAUAUUCAGUUUUCCCCCAAUGGUUUAAACUGUGAUAAAUGAUGUUUGUUAUAUCUGCCAUUUCAAAUAUUCAUUAUUGCAUGUGUGACUUUUCAUAUUAAUAAACUUUCUAACAGACUUUUGUAGUUUAACACUCCUUCAAUCUAAUUUUGAGUACUUUCCCACUUCGUUUCCAGUCACACACACACUCACACCAUUAAAUACUGUAUCUACCUUCAUCCACUUCUUUGAUGAUAUGCAUUUACACAAAUGGCACGAUCACAGAACUACAACUGAAGAACCUAAGAACAAGGACACCACAAACAAUCAUAACAUAGCAGCUAGAAGAGCUUAGGUAUCUGCUGGUGUCUGAGCGUUUCAGGGGUAGAUGUUGCAAUAUUUAAAGCAGAGUUCAUCUUUAAAAAGUAUUACUUUCACUAGUACCACAGGCUCAAACCAGACGUGACAGAAAACCUUCUCAGAUAUCGAUCCAUUGACCUAGUAAGUCAGUGUAACCCAGGAGCAGAGUAAAAACAUAUUAAAAACUCAUAGAUAUAAGAUCCAAUUGCAUCCAACGGACUUCAUUUAAAGUGAACUGACGAAUCACACAUUUGCUGAAUCCUGAUAAAGACUUACAGGGUAGAGACACUGUGCAAUGCAAGGAUAGUGAAGCAACAAAAAACAUUUCAGUGCAGUAAUUUAGAAACCUACUGUUACCUUCACUGGCAUGAAAGGUCAGAGAGCUUGUUGAGUUAUACUGUCUCUUUAAAACACAAAGGCAACUGAAAAUGGUCACUGAAGUAAGAGGUGAGCAGGGAGUGGAUUCUGGGUUGCACUUCAAGUCAUUAAUGACACAGUUAAAAGAGAACACAUCUUCUUGACCUGAUGUAAUUUUUUUCUCAUAUCCUUUUUUAAUUUUCCUUAGUCUUGUUAAAAUAGUCUCAUUUCCUCUUGAAGGAGUGGUGCUUUCUACGGUGUUUUCUCCUUGCGGGGGCUGUGGCUUUUGCUUGGUUCUCCUUUAUGGCUCAGCCUCUUGAGCACCUUAAUGGGUUUGAACUUUGCCCCUUUUUUCUUCUGCGGCUGCUGCUGCUGCUCACCCUCCAGAUCCUUAUGGAAGUCUGAUGAGGAUGAAAAUGAGUUGAUAAAAUCAGGAAAAACAAUGAAGUAAGGGAGAGAAGACAAAGUAAGAGGCAACAUUUACAUUUUAUGUUCAAUGAAUCUUUAACAGCGCUACAUACAAAUGGAGCUUACUCCUCAUCAUACCUUUUUUCUUCAGCAUGGCUUCCAUAACUUUAUCCUCCUCUUCUUCCCUGUGACAGAAUGACUGUUAGAUGUUGGGUAGAUGCAAACUAUCACUGAUCAACACAAUCCGGGCCACUGCAGAGAUACAUAGUUAACUGCCAGUCAUUGAUUACCUCUGCCUGUCCUGGUCCAUGUUGUUGACAAUUUGGUUGCGCUGUUCAAUGAUGGUAACCAGCUCAGCCAUCAGCUCCUGCUCCCGACUCUUGUCCUCCUCUGUCCAGUCUUUCUCUUGAGGAGGGAAGGGAUGAUGAUGAUAAAUGAUUUAAUUUUGUUGUAUUAAUAUGCAAUGUGUUUAGAGCAUCAUUAAGUAUUAACAUUAAUGCACUUCCUAGUUAAUCUACCCAUCCUGUCAGGAAAGUUGAUUGGUGUACUGUAUGCCUGAGCAGUGUAUGAAAGCACUACUGGAGGAGUUUAGAAAAAAAUUAAAACAAUCAUGUUAUAGAUUAUUAUGCAAAUGUUAGAAAGUUUAGGUUUUACUGAACCCAUGUGCAUAGAGGGUCUUCCUUAACAUAAUCUGUGUGUAGAUGUACAUGCGAAGUGCGGUUGGCAGUAUUUUGUUUUGAAACAUGAGGCAAGCAUUACAAACACAUACAGGCAAUCCAUUUAACUGAACAUCAUAAGGCCAAACUCACCUGGCUUGUUGAGAAGACACCUCAGCUCAUACUCCACGUCCGCUUGCCUCUCUUCCAGGUUCUGCUGCUUCGCUCUGCAGUUAUGAAUAUUCACACAGUACGUUACACAGUGGUAACCUCUAAUUUAUUACUACACUUUUAAACUUCUUUAUCUAAAGUUAUAAUGAGCCUAAAUAAACUAAUCCCUAAAUAAUAAUAAAAAAAAAUUUUCCUGGAGAAGCAAAAGUGUUUAACAUUUGGAUAUUGGUUUGAUUUGCAAAUCAACAUCAUUGUGUCAUAUUCCGACUAUUUUAGGAAUAUCUAUUCCCCUUGACGGCAUGUAAUUACAAAAAGCUGGGUGACGUAUUCCUGAAAGAUUUGUGAUGGAGCAUAUUCUGUGAUGGAGAAAUGACUGACUUGCAUCGAAGUCUUAUCAUUCUGAACGUCUGAUGCUUACGUAUAAACCAGUUCAGCUUCUCGUCGUACUAAAAGGUGUUUCUCAUGGAUGAGAGUGAACCAGUCCACCAGCAGGCGCUCCUCAUCCUCAUCUGAAAACACAACAGAGGAACACAGAGAGAUAUUUCUGAUAUGUUCUGAUGUGAUAUGUUUCUAUUAUUAUGUAUUGUUCUUUCAUGUCAAAUGUAAGGAUCUUAUCCAUUCCCCAAUUUUCUCUAGGUGAUCAUUUGUCUUUUUAUAAUUAUAUACUUUCAUGAGCUGUUUAAGUUAAGGCAGCCAUUUUAGUAAAAAAUUCAGUUUUGAAUACAGUGAACCUGAUUUUUAUGCACUGCAUGUGGGGACAGUUUCAUAUCUUUGCAAUAUUUAACUGGCCUUCAACUGAUUUAACUUGCUUAUACUCAAGAAACUAUAUGAAAAAUAGCGUGAUGUAUUACCAUUAGGGUUGUCUCUCAGCUUCUUCUCCAGCUCCACUCCCCUCUGCUCCAGUUCAUCCAGAUGCUUCUCCAGCUGACCCAUCUCCCCGUGGAUGUCCUCUACUGGGAUGUACUGAUCUGACUGCACCUGAAUGGAUGUUUGGAUCAUUUGAGUACCUCUUAUUCUGUGUUUGACACAGAAGUGGAAACAUCUAUUCAAUAAAAAAACAUUUAUAUGCUAAAGCAUA